GGCCAACGGCCUUUGGGAGCGACUCCCCCGAACGCUCCGGGAGCCGGCGGCCGGCGACCCUCGCCGGGGACCCUCCAGAGGGCCCAGGGGGACAAAAGUGGCUCCACAUCCAGCACAGGCACAUUGAAGCAAGUUAAAGGAUUUAAUAUGAAGUACAGAAGCAGAUAGUGCUGAAUAGCAAGCAGUCAUUGGUACACAUUUCUGGAAAAGCAGUCUUCUUGUUGUUAUGUUCACUUCCAAAAAUGUUCAGCUCUGCAGGGGAUUGUUGUAUAAAGUAAACUGAACCGCAGUGUAGCAGUAUUUACAUAGAUAUUCUAGACGUGGAUAUACUGUGUUAUAAAUGAGUAACUGAGCAAGCGGUGAUACCCCAGUAGAAAGAGUGAGUGGGGCGGCAUUUCCUUCUCCCAGCGCUGCUGAGAUGGCAGAGAUCAGCCGGAUUCAGUAUGAAAUGGAAUACACCGAAGGGAUUAGUCAGCAGAUGAGGGUCCCGGAAAAAUUAAAGGUGGCACCACCCAAUGCCGACCUGGAGCAAGGCUUCCAAGAAGGAGUCCCAAAUGCCAGCGUCAUCAUGCAGGUUCCAGAGAGGAUUGUGGUAGCAGGAAAUAAUGAAGACAUUCCAUUUUCAAGACCAGCAGAUCUGGACCUCAUACAGUCAACUCCCUUUAAACCUCUGGCACUAAAAACACCACCUCGUGUACUUACACUAAGUGAAAGACCACUAGAUUUUCUGGAUUUAGAAAGACCUUCUCCAACCCCUCAAAAUGAAGAAAUCCGCGCCGCUGGCAGGCUGAAGAGAGAGCGCUCCCUGAGCGAGAACGCCGUCCGCGCGAACGGACAGCUGGUCCGAGCCGACUCCGUUGUGACACCGGCGCCCCAGCAGGUCCGGGCCUGUCUUCCCCAAACGGUCCCCGAAGAUGGAGCUAGCCUUUCCUCGGCCCGAGGCAUUUUGUCGCUUAUCCAGUCUUCCACUCGUAGGGCUUACCAGCAGAUCUUGGAUGUGCUGGAUGAAAAUCGCAGUGUGAGAAGACAAAAUGAAAUACGUUGUGAAAGACCCGUGUUGCGUGGGGGUUCUGCGGCCGCCACUUGUAACCCGCAUCAUGACAACGUCAGGCAUGGCUUGUCACACACGGACGCCACGGUGGAGGGGACUUCGGACGACAUGACUGUUGUAGAUGCAGCUUCGUUAAGACGACAGAUAAUCAAACUGAAUAGACGGCUACAGCUCCUCGAAGAGGAGAACAAAGAGCGCGCCAAGAGGGAAAUGGUCAUGUACUCCAUCACUGUAGCGUUCUGGCUGCUUAACAGCUGGCUGUGGUUCCGCCGCUAGAGGUCGCCCCCGCUCUGGAAAGUUCGGUGUCUGCAGCUGGAAAUAUAAAGAAUUUGCAAACUUCUUUGUUUCUGUCUUUGCGUCGUAUGCCGUUUUAUAGUCCCUGCCCUGACCGUGUAUUUCUUCCGGAAAGGAGAGGGGAAGGACUGACCCUUGCAGAAGUAAAGGCGUGUCUCCCCACCUCCCCCAGCUAUGGUCCCGUCGAAGCACUUCUGCAGUAACACCCGCCUCCCUCAGAUUCUCCCUUUGCAUGUUUUGUAAAUAGGCUCCAUUUUUUUUUUUUAAGGGAAUUCAUUUUUGCCUCCUCAGUCCACACAGUGAUUACUCCGAAUGGGAAAGAGAGUGCAUAGUGAAUGGAUUUAGAAAAGCACCUGGAAAAGAAUGCUAGUCCUUUAUUUUGUCCUGGUUUCUCACACACGAUUAGAUGGAACAGUUUUGGUAAUAGGCGUUUUUGCAUCCACACUUCAGCGUUCACGCUUCCAUAGUCGUGGUCUGGCGUCAGGUUUAAUGAAGUCGAAGCAUUUUCCAGCCCCUUCAUUAAAAGAAUUCCUGGCGUUUCCAGCAGUUUGUCUAAUACGUGUGUAAAAUGUGCAUUCUUAUUUUUAUUUUAGUUUUGCAGAUGGUUUUCUAUAAAGUAUGUUUUUACUAAGCCCCUGUGUGAAUGAUUAAAAAACCCACAGAAUAAGGUACAAAUGUAGUGUAUUUAAUAAACUGUCAACUAAA